AUGGUUAUCCCAGCAGUUUCCACGGGCUCGUCUUCGGAUGCCGAGUCUCUCAAUGCCGGACUGGGAUUAACCAACAUGCCCACGGCGAACAACGAAUCGGUGAUGGCCCAAGCUACUCGAAAGGGGGUCAACGCAAAGACUAAGAAGCGAAAUGAAGCUCCCUACAUCGAUCUCUCCUGCGUCGCCGAGAAGGGCAAACGCACCAAGCAGAAGGUCGUGGCUCGAAUCCGCUCUUAUAGUCGCAGGCAGACAACAGAGCCUCCAUCACCUGAGCGGUGUUCUGGCGAGAGAGAGCUUUCACCCACUCGUGCCACCUACAAAGCCAACCGAAACCAUCAAACUAAGACAUGGCCUCAGCGUUCGAUUGAUGACUCGGAGCCUUUCCUUCACUUGAUCUUCCAAGAUGCGGAUGAUCAUGAUGGACCUACACCACGAGCCCUCGUGCGAACGGAAAGCGUCGACCUCGUUGCCAUACUUGAUGCUCAGGCUCAGGCCGCGCACAAGCGCAAACACGCAGAUUCUGACUGCGAAGACACAGAACCCGAAGAUGAUGAUGAAAAGCGCUACACGAAGGUUGCGAGAAAGUGA